AUGGCGACUCCGUUUUUGGCUGGGCUAGCAAUAGCAGCAGCUGCGCUAGCAGGGAGAUACGGAAUCCAGGCAUGGCAAUCAUUGAAAGCAAGACCCCCAAAACCUAGAAUGCGCAAAUUUUAUGAUGGAGGUUUUCAGCCUAAAAUGACGAGAAGAGAAGCUGCUCUUAUUCUUGGCAUUAGAGAAAAUGCCGCGGCAGAUAAGGUGAAGGAAGCACAUAGAAGAGUGAUGGUAGCGAACCACCCUGAUGCGGGCGGUAGCCACUACCUUGCUUCAAAAAUCAAUGAGGCUAAAGAUGUGAUGCUUGGCAAGACAAAGGAUGGCGGAUCUGCUUUCUGA